UGGUUUGGCCAUUCCAAAUCCUCAGCUUUCCCCCUGCUGACCACCAAGGAGCCCAGGGCUAUGGCGUUCCUUUGGCUGGUGCCAUCUGGAGCCAGGCGAGAUGGACCCAGGCCCUUUUAAAACCUUUUUUUGGAGCCUCCUACAGAUUUCAGAAGGAGUGUCAGUGCUCCGGUAGACGUUAGGGCAGUAGCUCCACCCUGCCGGGGGGUCGGAGCCAAAUUGUCAUCACGUGAAAUGGCUGGUACGCUGCUGGCGGGCCAGGAUGGAGAAUGAAGGGAAUUCUAAGAGCGUUCUGAGGAAUUUGGGGUGGGACAGGGCUAGCAUGGCUGGAACAUCUAAGGUAAAGUCCUGUUAAGGUCUCUGGUGGUGGAAAUGAGCAAAGGUAUGCAUUGCAUUUCCACUUCCUUCCACUCGAGCUCCAAAAUUGGGGCCGAGCCACUCCAGACUCGGUUUGAGGGACUCCCAGGACACUCCUUACCUCUGCACUCGUACACCUCAGCUGGCCCAGGCUUUGGAGCUGGCAUGGCUCUGAUGACCUCCCCACCUGUGGGGAAAUCUGCCCCCUCUUCUUCUGGGUCAGGGUGAAGUGCAGUGAUCCCUUGUGACCCAAGAGCAUCUUGACACGCUGCCCUACCAUAGGACCUUUCAUUUUGUGUUUGAGUUACCCGUCUCUGUGAUGGGAGGAGCAGAGGAGCUAUGCUAUUUUAAGAAAGCUAUGGAGGACCCCCAGUCCUCCUUGUGUCCCUGUGCUUCCUGACCAAUGUCCACAUCCGUGAGAUCAAAAUCAGGUUCAGGAGCGUAGCCAGCCAAGCUGGGAGGUGUUGUCAGAUGCCUACUACAGAAGAGCAUUUGGUGGGCUGCCCACUGCUCAGUUCUGGUAGCUGCUUCUCGUACCCGGCCACUUUGGAUGGUGCAUACGCGAGUGCUGGUGUGAGACCGUGCGUUUUAGAGGGGGGUGGCUGCAUGAGACUCGCAGGCACCUAGAUAGUCUAAGGGAGCAUGUGUGAUGCUGUGAGAUGAGGCCACUGGUAUGCCUGUGGGUGUAUGUAUGUGAGAAAGGAAGAGAGAGGGGGAAGAGUGAAGGAGAACACAUGGAUGCCCAGGGAUGUGUGAAUGAGACAAAAUUUGCACGUAGCUGUGCAUGCGAGCGGCUCGAAUAGAAGCGUGUGCGUAGCAUAGAAAAAGCAGGGAAGAUGCUUGGGAUUCAGAGUGAACGCCUGCCGAGAGCCUGCGGUGCAUGACGGUGCAGGAAUGUAUCGGUGGAUACGAGCCUGCACAAAGAUGGUGCAGAAAUCCCUCCUGGUUGUGCCUGGAGUGUGCUUUGCGAGUGUGCAGCUCCGCACCGGGAGAUCACUCAUACAUACAUGAGAGGGCGUGCGUACGGGUGUUUUUUCAAUAGGAUAUGACUCUUUCUUGAACUCACCUGUUAGCAGCCUUUCCCUCCCUAUCCCUCUCCCCCCCCCCCCCCCCCCCAAGCAAAUAUCUGCUUGCUUAAUUUCCCUUCAGAUGUUUAUUACAUCGUGGAAAUAAUCAUGCAGCAAAAUACCUCCCGGUGCCACGAGCAACACCAGAUUGUCUUGUAGCAACGUUUAAAAUUCUCUGGCUUUUUUUUUUCCCUGCACACAAAGAGAUGUAAGAUAUUAAAGCCGUCUCUCUCCCCGGAGCUAGUGGUGUAGCAGGGCAGGGAAGAAGGCGAGUAGAGCUUAGAGAAAUGGGCUCCAGACUGCAACAGCGAGAACCCAGGGCCAAAUAAAUAACAAACUACCGUGCCGGGAACUCCUUAUCUCUUGCCGAGGAGGAAGGAAUUUCUGUCCCCAUUCCUCACGCGAUAUUAAAGCCACAUUAUAUGGGUUAUUACAGCAUUAGUCAUUUUUAAUUAAUUUAUCAUUUAAAUUAACACACUUUUUAUUUUGUCAGCAAUGGAGUGCUACUCCCUCCCUAGAUUUUUCGCCUUGAUACCGGGCCAAGAGGAUGGCAAGCUAUGCUCCACCCAUCUCCUCUCCUUUAUAAAAGGAGCAGCCCCGAGUGCCAGUUUAGUCUCUCUUGCAGCUCGCAGACUAAAAUAAAGACCCAUCAGCUCGCUCGCCUCCCCUUCAAUUUUACCUUUUCUGCCUUUUUUUUUUUUCUUUCUUGUUGCAACAGAGCGCGGGAGGCAGCAGCGGCUCUGCUCUGAGGCUUGUCAAGGCUCAGCGCACGCACAGACACACACACACACGCAACCCAGAGCGAAAACAUUUGCUCUCACCUGUCUCCAAACCCAAAGCAAACCUCACAUCCAAGCAAACUGCCAACACUUCGAAGGAGAAGGCACCCGAGCCAGAAUUUAAUGUAAGGGGAAGAAAUUCAAUGUACACUAGCAACUUUUCGCUAAAAAGCAAGUGGGUGUAAGGAAGAAAAGGAGCAUUUUAAGAAAAGGACACCUUAAGGAAGAAGAUUUUAUUUUUUGGAUUCCAUACCAAACUUUGGAAAAGUUGGGGUUUUUUAAUUAUUAUUUUGUGCAUCUUUUCCUAAGAACAUUGAGCCGUUGUUACCUGCAUGUAAAAUCUUUUACACACAUAUAUUUUAAAAAGGAAGAAAAUCAAGAGGAAAAAUAGCAUGUGGACCACCUAGCAAAAGGCAAUACUGAAGCAUCCCUUGCGGUGAGGGGGACGCAGGCUCCGGAUGCGUAUAAUUUCGAGGGACUGCAUUUUUUUUUCCACUGGGCUGAUGAGAUAGCGCAGAGGCAGGCGAGUCACCCAGAAUUACUUCUGUCUCCCCUCACCGCCACCACCACUGCCACCCACCUCCUCUUCCAAGGACUCCUGCAACUCUCCAGCCCGGCUCGGAGGGGACAUGGGAACGCGGGGAGCCCUCGAUGCCUGAGGCCGGGCGGCCGCGGAGCUGUCUGCGGGAAGCGCUUCCCUCCCGGGGCUCGCCGUCCAUGUACCCGCAGCCGGCGGGGCCUGAAGUCGGGAUGAAUUUCGGCGUGGUCUUCGCGUUCAUCCUCUCCCUGCCCCUGGCCCGCCUGGAGGGGGACCCCAUACCUGAAGACAUUUAUGAGAUUUUGGGUGGCAGCUCAGUGCGCUCCAUCAGCGACCUCCAGCGUGCCCUGCAGAUAGACUCCGUAGAGGAGGAUAGCUCGAGUCUGGACCUGAAUGCAACUCAGCCCAGUCAAAACCCGAUGGUCCUGUCUCGAGAGCGACGAAGCCUAGAUGCUCUGGCAGCAGCAGAGCCAGCUGUCCUUGCGGAGUGCAAGACGCGGGCGGUGGUCUUUGAAAUCUCCCGCAACAUGGUGGACAGCACCAACGCCAACUUUGUGGUGUGGCCGCCCUGCGUGGAGGUGCAGCGCUGCUCCGGGUGUUGCAACAACCGCAAUGUGCAGUGUCGUCCCAUGCAGAUUCGCGUCCGGCAUGUCCAGGUGAACAAGAUCGAAUUUGUCCAGAGGAAGCCAAAAUUCAAAAAAGUCGUUGUGCCUUUGGAGGACCAUGUGCAGUGUCGGUGUGAAGCAGUGUCCCGUCAGCCCCCCAGGAACAGCCGGCCAGGGCCACGUGAACAGAGACGCUUGUCACCGUCGUUCACCACAGCCGCUGUCUCACAGAGGCGGCGAGUACGCCGGCCGCCAGCGCAGAAGAGGAAACAUAAGAAGUACAAGCAUGUCAACGAUAAGAAAGUGCUGAAAGAAAUCCUCAUAGCAUAGAAGUGCUGGCAGGGGAGAGAGAGCACAAGGCAGGUUUAUUUAAUAUAUUUGCUGUAUUGCCCCCAUGGGGUCCUUGGAGUGAUAACUUUUCUUCUUUGUCCGUCUGCCUCGACGUCUGAUUCAGACGGCAAUUGGUGCUUCCCUUUCCAUCAGUGGACCUUCUCCCACCAAAGCCUCUCCCUUCUUUCAUUUAUUAGCAUAAUUUUAAAGUUUUACACACAAAAGACAAGGACAAACAUGACCUAUAUAUAUAUAUAUAUGAGAAAAGAACAAA